UACAAGAACCUUUGCUUAAUCAGUUGUGUGAAGAUUUGUUAAAAAAAAUAGUGGGUCAUUAGCAAAAUGAAAGCAACAGUAUUUGUAUGCUCACUUCUGAUCUCUCUAUCAGUUGUGAUAGCACAAGAUCCUGAAGUCGAACAGGUAACUGAAGUGGAAGAGGUCCCUGAAGUGGAAGAAAACCCUGACGUGGAACAGAGCCCUGACGUGGAACAGAAUCCUGAAUCUAAACCUGAACAGAAUAAUGCACCACCAAGCAGCCCUCCAAGUUCCCCAAUUGCACCGCCACCGUACCCGUACCAACUAAUGCAGCAGUACACUCAAUACUUGCAGUAUCUUCAGUACAUGCAGUACGUAUCGCAGUAUCAAUCGGCUUCGCAAUAUCCUUAUCAGUACCCGGCCGUGCCGUCUCAGUAUCCAGGGUCCCAGUAUCCACCAAGACCGUCGCAAUAUCCACCAAGGCCUUCCCAGUACCCACCUAUUGCGUCCCCGUACCAAUAUCCACCAAAGGGUUAUCCAUCAGUUUAUCCCUCUCAAUACCCUCCACAGUAUCCACAAUACCCACCACAGAGGACAUAUGCAACGACCGGUGGUGUCGGUAAAUAAAAGUUUCUAUUUACUAAUAUUAGUGUCAAAAAACCGAACCCGCCAGUACUUUUGUGAUGUAGCACCAAUAAUAACUAGGAUAAAUAAUAACUUUGUAAAUAAAUUAAUAAAUACAUUGUAGAAA